AUGUCGAGCAAAUCUGAUUCGCCGUCGGACUUAUGCAUCGCAUCGGAAGAGUCUUCGGAAGACGAACUCUUGCCAUUUACCCAAGAGGAUUAUGAAGAGUAUAGCGUGUACGAACCUGUGCGAGCGUUUACGCAUUGGUACAAUAGAAACAAGGGGUUUGAAGAUAAGAGUUCAAAGGAUAAUAAUGUCGUCGGAACUCUACUGAAACAACUUGAAGAAAAACGACUCGAACUCGAAACAAAGCAAAAACAAUCCAAACCACCUCCGGAGCCAAUCGGCCCUUCUCACGCAUCCGAGCCUUCAAUUAAACCAUCUUCUGUUUGCCAACAACUCACAAUUCCAUCUUCUUCCUUGUCCCGCGAAGAACAUCUGAAAUUUCUUCAAUUAAACACAAUUGCCGCCUCAAAUCCUCAGCUGCUCGGUGAUAACGAUCGAAAAAAUUUUCAUUAUUUGCGGGAGCGAGUGCAGGAAGAAAAAAAUGCAUAUAUGAAGUGGUUAUAUGAUAGAGCAAAAGAACGAUUCCAACAUUUAGAUAAGAAAGUGGAUGAGGCCGUUGAGGGCUAUCUGACCAUUGAGCGAGAACGUAUUAUCAAGGAUUAUCCGCGAUAUUAUGAGUUUCUUAAUGCUUUCGACCUUACAGUUGGAUUGCCUGAUGCGCGAGAUCCAAUUUUGGUUCAUAAGCAGACGCUUCAUGAAGCUGGAGCGUGUUUCCAAUUUACUUUGCCAAUGGGAACAGCUUCAAAAAAGAUUCCUACGCAUGAAAAUUAUUUGCUGUCAGAUAAUACGGAGACUAUCAAUUCUGAGCUCGUCUCAGACAACCAAACAGAAUCCAAUACUCAAACGAAUAGUAAAAUACAUGAUGAUAAAACACCAGGAAAUCGAUGGCAAAAAUAUAUCAUGCCUGUGGUCAGUACAGAUCCAUUAAUUCCAGCUAUGGUGGAACAAAACUCUGUUGAUAUCGUGAUCUCGUCGAGUGGAUUGUGCGCUCUUGUUGCUCUGCAUGCAUCAACUGAGAGAGAUUGCAACAUUCCCAUAUGCGUCAUUUCGCGUCGAAAUGCUUCUGGUGAAAUGAAAAAGACGGUGUAUAUCGACAAGCCAUUUGUGAAGAAAAAGAUGACGAACCGCGAACGUAAUCAAAUAUUUUAUGAUGCUGCUUUCAAGAGUGUGGCUAUGGAUACAAAGCAUACAUUUGAAAAGAAAAAAGAAUCGAAGUCUAGCUUUUUGACGGAGGACCAAGAAUUUAACGACAAUGAAAGCACACUCGUUAUUUUUAAUGAGGAAUUACAAGAACAAACGCCGUCUAAUCAAUCGACUAAGAGCACUUUCAGCGAGGCAGCUAACAACAACAAACCUUCUGAACGUGACGAGACCCUGAAAGAUGAUAACAUGCACGAUAUUGUCGACACUAGGAUAGACUCUGAGUCAAAGAACGGUCAAACUACAUUGGAGAAGGGACUACGGCACGUCAAUAUUACUUAUAACUUGUGGUGUUUUGGCGAGUUUAGCAUACUGAUUAGAUGCAAAAUGCAUGGAUUUGUAUUUGAUUCCAUCAACAAGCCUCGGAUUGUUGGGAUAAAGACAAAUCUUGAGUAUCAGCUUGAUUUAGGCAUGGAGGAAAUUGCUGCUGCUGAUAGAGCUCGAUACUGGAUCCACACUUACAUUCGCGGGGAUGCUGAUUUGAUGCUUGGACGAAUAGACGUGCUCAAUAGUGAAAUACAGGCAGUCGAAAGAAAAAAAAUGAUCAAUAUUAUACCAAAUGGAAAUUGGCCUCGACCACAUAGCAAAUUUCUAUAUACUAUGCUAAAAAAUUUUCAGAGUCUUCCCGAUGGAAACUAUUUGUUUUCUCAUGUAGCAGGCGAUUUACAUGCAAGUGUAUACAAAAGCAUAAUCAAAGACAACAAAGAAUUCCCAGAUACAACAGUUUCAACUAGCCAAUCGCGCAUUUAUGAUCUCCACGCGGCCUAUUCAGUUUUAGCGAUUCACGACAUUGAAACUGUACAUUUUGUUCCAUUGAAAUGGAACGGCCCCUCAGAUCAGAUACCAUUCACAUUUCCUGUCCGCCAGAAACCAUACUAUUGCUAUCAGUACGCUAAUUAUGGUUUUUGCACGCGGGAACAGUGCACGUUCCAACAUAUUCCGAAAAAUGAAAUAAAUGAUCCACAGAUUUUGAAGAGGGUAAACACACACAAGUUGUCUGACGACACAAGUGGAUUGCCUGGUAAAAUUCAGAAAACUGAAAAACCAACGAAAAAUCAGAAACGGAAGAAGGCAAAAUCGAAGAAAAAACAGAAGGAACAGUCAAAUGCAUCUAUACCUCAAGAUUUAAUGACUGCCGCUGCCGCCGCUACAGGACAUCAAGCUAACGAAUUUGUUCAUUUGGAUGAUCCAACUGUCAUCGAGAAUUCGUCACAGUCAGCCUUUGAAUAUGAUCGGCCACGGUCGAACCCUUUAAAUGCAUCUCUAAAUGUAUGGUCCACUUACCGUGCGUCACGAAAAAUUGGUGCAAGAGCAAGGAAUAAGCUUUGA